AUGUUUAUUUUAAUAUGUAUAUUAGUCUUAACUUAUUCCAUCCAAUUACCAAUCGAAGAACCUGAGAAUAUAGAAGUAUUAGAACUGGGUUCUAGUGAUCAAUUCCAGGAGCAGCAGUUAAGAAAAGUUCAGAACAAUUAAUAAGUGUUUUUAUUAGAAAUAGCAAAUUAUUUAGAAGGAACCACUAUUAAUAAUUUAUUAGGUAAUAUUACCCAAUCACCAUAGGUUUACAAAGCAAAGAUAAUCAAUCUAAGAGAAUUAUAAUAGCAACAAUACUCUCAAUCAUGCUAAUCGUCAUUUUUUGUGUUGUAAUACAAUUAAUAUUGGACAUGUCUAAAAAAUGUAGAAUCAAGUUGAGUAGAGAAAGCACUUCGUUGCCAAUUUCAUGA